AUGAGUGGAAUCAAUCUUGAUUUUCGGAAGGAAUUAUUAAGACGUGAAUCAUCUAUCAAUACAUUAAAUGAAUUUUUAAAAUAUGCAAAAAUUGAACAAGAUUUACAUGAUACAUUCGGUAGUCUAUCACUUGAUUCACAACAACGUCAUUUUAAUUAUAAUCACCCAUCAAUUCCAUCAUUAACUGCUGCAGUUAAUCAACCAAAACAGUAUUAUAAUACAAUGAAGUACAACAAUCCUGUUUCACAUUCAACACAAUUACAGAGCUCCGUUUCUCAGCGGAACUCGAUUCCAACACUUGGAAAUCGAACAUUCAUGGCACCUGAUAGAAAACAAAUUCGAAAUUAUCCACCACAAUCGAUAUUACAGAAGGAACUAAGCAAUAGUCAACCACUAUCACAACAUCAAUUCAACGACUGUAAAGUUUGCGGUCGCAACAAUCAUCGAACAAUUGAUUGUUAUUAUAAACCUGGGUCACAUGAUGGCGGUGUUCCCAGUAAAUUUAUAAAGCCAUCAACAAUAACAUCAUUUCCUGUUUACAUCAAGAUUCGUGUUAAUGAUCAACCAACUGAAGCAAUUGUUGAUACAGGUUCCGCCAUCUCAAUCAUUCAUUUAAAUUUUCUUAAAACUAUUCAUCACAAAAAUUUUUUUUAUAAAAAUCAUACAUGUCAAACAGCAAAUUCAACAUCACUUAAUAUAAUCGGCCAAAUUAAAUUAGAAAUAAAAAUCAAAUCGAUAACAACUUAUGUUGUUGCUUGUGUUGCAACAAAUUUAAUUACAUCAAUAUUAUUAGGAAAUGAUUGGAUUAAUUCGAAUCAUGUUCACCUUUAUGGUGACCACAAAAAAUUAACUAUUCCUGAUCAACAUGAUCAAUUAAUUUCAAUUCCAUAUGUGGAGCCGACAUGCAUUAAUUAUCCAGCAUUAUUAAUUCGACAAAUUACUCUUCCACCAUAUUCACAACAAUUAGUUGAUAUAACAUGUCAAAUUAACAAUGCACACAAUCUUAUAUUUGAACCUUAUGAACCCAAAGUAUUACUAAUAAAUGCACAAAAUCGACAACAAACAUUAUCAAAAAAUACACGAAUCGGAACCAUCUCCCGUGAUGCAACAUAUACUAUAUAUGCAACUACACAAAUUCCAACAAAAAAUAAUUCUAUUUUAAAUGAACAUCAUCAAACAUCAACUCGACAUUACAAUAAAUUGAAAUUCAGAGCUGUCUUAUGUAAAAAGGACAACUCGAAUCAAGAAAAAUUAAAUAUUAUUUGUCAUCAUUGCGAUGAACAUUUUUUAUCUGGAAAUGAUUUACAAAAACACUUACGAGGAAAAUGUUAUUCAGAACAGAUUCGACAACAAAUACUCGAAUCGACUAAACAUAUAGAAAAUCCAAAACAUCGAUUAGAAAUUCAAGAUAUUUUAUGGCGAAAUAAAAUAUUAUUUGAUCCUACACCAUCAAUUAUUAAUAUUCCUCCACAAUCAGCAAUUAAAACUGCUGAUCAUCCACCUAUCUAUUCAGAACAAUAUCCAGCAUCAUCUAAAGAUCAAGAAAUUAAAUUUCAAGAAACACAAAAAUUAUUAGAACGUGGUCAAAUUGAAGAAUCAACUUCACCAUGGUCAUCACCGAUCGUUCUUGUUAAAAAAAAAGACAAAACUAUGCGAUUUUGUAUUGAUUAUCGACAAUUAAACGCUAUUACAAUUAAAGAUGCAUUUCCAUUACCUCGUAUUGAUGAAAUUUUUGAUCAAUUAUUUGAUGCAACAUAUUACACAAAAUUCGAUUUUAAAUCUGGUUAUUUCCAGGUACCUCUAUCUAAAGAGGACCGACCUAAAACUGCAUUCUCAACUCGUGAUAAUCAUUAUCAAUUUACAGUUCUUCCACAAGGAAUAACAAAUGGUCCAGCAACAUUUCAACGUGUUAUUAACCAUAUAUUAGGUCCUACACGAUGGAAAUAUGCAUUAGCAUAUAUUGAUGAUGUAAUUAUAUACUCAAAAACAUUCGAAGAACAUUUAUCACAUCUCAAUGAAAUUUGUCAAAUAUUAAAAGAAGCUCGUUUUCGUCUCAAUCCAGAAAAAUGUGAAAUUGCUCGAACACAAACUAAUUAUGUUGGACAUCGUAUACAAAAUGGUGAAAUUCGUCCAAGUCCUACCAAUAUACAUGGUUUACUAAAUACAAGAUUACCACAAACGGCAGAUGAAGCUUGUAAAUUUGUUAAAGCAGCGGAAUAUUACAGAAAAUUUAUACCUAAUUUUUCUCAAAUCGCCGAACCACUUCGAAAAUUUGUUCCAACUACACGAACUCAAAAAAAGAAAGGACAAAAAACUAUUAUUACAUUAACAAGUGCAGAAAUUAAAGCCUUCGAACAACUUAAAAAAUUUCUUACAACUGAUCUGGUAUUACGACUUCCAAAUAAUAGAUUCCCUUUCAAAGUACAAAUCGAUGCUUCGGAUGAGGGAAUCGGUGCAGUUUUAUUACAAAUUUAUCCCGAAGGAGAUAGACCAAUUGCAUAUUUAUCAAAGAAAUUUACUCAAGCACAACGUAAAUGGUCUCCUAUGGAACAAGAAUGUUAUGCUUUUAUAUGUGCACUAGAUAAAUGGCAUAAUUAUUUAAGUGGAAUUACAUUUAUUUGGGAAACUGAUCAUAAAGCAUUAACACAAUUAAAUAAAAAAGCACAAAUUAAUAAACGAUGUGAAAGAUGGAGAUUAAAAAUUUUAGAAUAUGACUUCAAAGUGAAAUAUAUUCCCGGUUUAACAAAUUCAAUGCCUGAUUAUUUAUCAAGAUCUCCAGUUGACGAUGCUGAAGAAGAUCCUGAUGAAACUAUACAUCUUAUUUCAAAAUCAACACAAACCGAUAUUUCAAAUGUUAAUAAUCAUUCAUCUAUUGUCGCAGCUGUUGAAACUUGUGCUAUGAAAUUACGAAACAAAACUUUAAAUGACAUUCCAACUACAACAAAAUUAACACCAGAUUCUCUAAACACUUCUGUUGAAGAGAAUCGCACAAUUCCAUUUUCAAUUGACGAAUUAAUUCAAGCUCAACAAAAUGAUAAUUACGCAAAAAAUAUUAUAAACAACAUUAAGAAAUAUAAAAAUUAUAUUAUUAAAAAUAAUCUUUUAAUGCAUCGAUCAAAGACUCCAGUCCCUUACGUACCACAAGCAAAUGGUGCUCAUUUCGGAAGAGAUAAAACAAUACAUAAAAUUAAACAACGUUAUUUUUGGCCAUCAAUGUACAAAGAUAUUAAUAAUUAUAUUAAAUCAUGUAUUCCAUGUGCACAGUUUAAUCCUCGUCGACAAAAAAAUCCUGGUACCUUAAGACCUAUUAAACCUCCAGAAGGAGUAUGGCAAUUAGUAUCAAUGGAUUUCCAUGGACCUAUUACUCCAACAUCUCAACGUGGAAACAAAUAUAUUAUAUCUCUUACCGAUGUUUUAUCAAAAUUCGUCGUUACAAAGGCUGUACGUGAUAAUACAGCUCAAACAGCUAUUAGAUUUCUUAAAGAAGACAUUAUUUCAAAAUUUGGAACUCCUCGUUGUAUUCUUACUGACAACGGAACACAUUUUACUUCAAUGUUAAUGGAUGAAUUAAUUAAACAAAUUGGAGCUACACAUUUAUAUUCAACACCAUAUCAUCCCCAAACUAACGGUCAAGUUGAAAGAUAUAAUUCAACUAUGGAUGCAAAAAUUACAGUUUUAUCAAAUUUACGUAAAACCGAUUGGGAUGAUCAAUUAUCAUUUGUUACAUUUAAUUACAAUACUUCAAUUCAUUCCUCAACAAAACAAAUACCAUUCGAAAUGAUGUACGGUCGAUCACCUGUUCUACCAUUCGAUCAUCAAGAUACAAAUGUUACCUUAUCAUAUGAUUCUGAACAUGCGAAAAAACUUAGUCAAUUUUUAUCCAAAUUAAACGAACAAGCAAAAAUUCAUAUUAUUAAAAAUCAAGAACGAUAUAAACAACGUUAUGAUAUAAAUCGUUCUGAUCCAACCUACAACAUUGGUGAAUUAGUUCUUUGUAAAACACUCAAUAUCCGUUAUAAAUUCGAUGUUCGUUAUGAAGGACCAUAUAGAAUUAUUCAAAAAAUUACACCGAAAACAUUUAUUAUUCAACACGUCAAAAAAUCAACAUUAUAUCGUCAAGUUACAACCGACGUGUUAUUACCAAUAUUUGAACGAAUUUAUUAA